AUGGAAACUGAUCAGAGUUCUCAACAUCCCUCGCCAAGGCCAUCAUCUUCAACUCCUCCUCGUAAUCCCGUCGAAUCGUUAUACUUAGGAAGCUUCGUCGCUCUGAUUUCUAACUACGAACUACGUUACGAAGGCAUUCUCUAUCAUCUCAAUCUUCAAGAUUCGACUCUAGGUCUCCAAAACGUGAUAUGUUAUGGUACAGAGGGAAGGGGCAAUAACGAAUUUGAUAUUCAUCCCUAUAAUAAAGUUUACGAUUACAUUCUGUUCAGUGGAGCUGACAUUAAGGAAAUUAUAGUCAAACCUCCCACGAGCUUAACCAAUUGUGGUUAUUGUUUAGCAAGAGGAACUACAUGUAGUAAAUCUUGUCAAGCUACAAAACCACCACUCCCUAUGAUUGUCUCAUCAAACAAUCGAACCGGUGCUAAGCUACGUCAGAAGCUUCUGUUGACACCUGAUGAAAACAUCAUCAAACCGCAAGCUAUGAUAGAUCCUAAUGUAUUCUCGGUUAUGGGAUCAGUCAAUGAUGGAGUUCACAUUGCUUCUCAACCACAGUUUCCCGAUUCAUCGAAGUUCUAUAACCCUUAUGUUUACCAAGCUCCAAUGAACGCUGCGAUAUCGACUUAUUUGCCUCAUGACCCAUCUGCCUCUCAGCUGACGUAUACUGCAAGUCAAAGCUUUUUCACCACGUUUCCGCCUGCUCCAGUCUCUAUACCGCAGAAAUAUGGACGAUUUGGUUUUGAUGCUAAGAACGUUGAUCAGUACUACCUAUGGGGUCCUGCUCCUCCCGAAAACAAGAUUGCAAAGCCUGCUUAUUAUAUUGAUGGAUCAUCUUACAAGAUUUCGCGCAAGCCGUUUGAGCCAAUCGGGAGACCUUGCAAUCCAUUUGGCCCUAUCACGAGACCUGUAAAGCAUAACCAGGUAUUUGGAAAUUACUUACAAGGGAGCCUUCUUCAAUUACAACCACCACCAUCCAAUUUCAUAAGAGGAUUCUUCUAUACACCUUGCUAA